AAGCCUUUCACUACGGUCUACAAAGCUAUCAGUAAAGCUACCGCUAUUUCUGGUGGCUUUAACAAGGACAUUUCGUGGAAACUACCUGAUCCAUCGUCCAAAGACCCUCGUGCCAAUAAGCUUAUAGAUCCCGAUCUGAAGCAAGUCCAAUCACCUUGGGGAGAUUCUAUUCUCCUCAAAGCAUUUGGCAAGCAGCCAGAUCAAAUUAGCAAGGCAAAUGGCAAGAACAAAGGCGAGACGAUGAAGGGCGGCAAAGACAGUAAUGUGAUUGGCUACAUGAACAUCUACUGCGUCGGAUGUGGAGUUUCUAGAAGCGCCAGGAUCGCCGGCAAGGCAUCUUGGUCGCCAAUUGGAGGCUUUCAGACUGGUCAACUCUCUUUAAACACUGAUAUCCGUUUUGUUCUGCAAAUUGGGAUUGAUGCUCAGUUGACUUACAAGCGAGAGUUCAAGCACAGACUCCUUGACGUCGGUCUCCCUGGUCUCUCUUACGGCAUCGUCAGGAUCGGACCCGCUAUUACUGUUGAUUCACGCGUUGAGCUCGAUGCUGAUGCCAACGGCAAACUUUUGGUUGGUGCCGAGAUGGGCUUGCAGAAUACUGAAGCAAUCGUUGACUUUGUCAACCCCCGCUCCAGCACUGCGCGCGACUUUGAUCCUUCCUUCAAGCCUAUCUUUGAGGCUGAAGGUGAGCUUAUGCUAUCUGCUACCCUUGGUCUUCCUCUUGGUCUACGCUGUGGUGUCAAGGUAGCGGGCUUUAGCGUGGACGUGGCUCUCAUUGAUAAACCUUCCAUUAAGGGUGUUGCUAAAGUAGCGGCUAAAGCCGGCCUUAAUGGAGAUAACAAGCUCGACGCUGGAUUCACUGAAACCAACGGCUGUACGGGAAUCAGCACGCAGAUGAGCUGCCGUAACAGGGUGUACGUUGACCUUCUCAGUCUCAAGGAGUUCACAAUUCAUGACACCAAAGACAAUGUUCUUGCGCAAGGCUGUAUCAAUUCCGACGUAUUCGGGAACGAUGAUUCGUUCCGCCGUAUGAAAGUCAGGCAACUCAGUUCGGAUAACGAAAUGGCCGAGGAACCCGCGGAUAACACGUUGGAUUUCGAAGGUGGCUCUGAUGAGCUUUCAUACGACCUUAAGGACUUCAAGAACUCUUCAUACAACCUCUCGACCGGAUAUGAAUUAGCUCUCAUGGUUGAUUCAGAUAUCACAACAAAGGUUGUUCCUUGCGCCAGUGGCAACAUGUACGCCUUUCUCAUUGAAGGAGAAGACAAUCCCUAUUGCUCCGGAAUGUGGUCGACCAAGAACGAUGUUCUCAUCAUCGACGACACUCAACGCAUCCUGCACUAUUACAACAACACCAUGUCCGUUCUGGGUGUAUCGCGCCUCCGCGUGGACGAAGAGAAGACUAUCCUCGACGGCGGUGUUAUUGUUGCCCUCGUGCCAUAUUAUCCAGAAGAUAACAGCGAUGACUAUUAUUACCUGGCUGUCGAUCCCAACGAACAGGUCUUUUCCCCUAUUUUGUGUGACUAUUCCGACGACCGUGGGUCAAAGAUGUUUUUGGCUAGUGACCCAGAUGGGGGUGCCGAGUUACUUAAGAGUAAAGAUCUCAUGUAUACUGUGACUGGUGGAGAAGUUUCC